AGACCUUGUGGCCCAAAGUUGGCCCAGAGGGGCAGAAGGGCCCGCCAGGGCCCGGGAAAGGAGGCGCCCAUGGCGCCAUGCGCCUGCUCCGCGCGCGCGGGGUGCAGGGCCUGGCGCUGCUUGGCGGGGUGCUGCUGGGGCUCUAUGUGACCUGGCCUCCUCCUGAUGCGGGCAGGCCCGAGCUGUUGCCUGCGCCGGCUUCGGAACCUUCGACACCUCAGGUUGAGCUCGCGCAGCGAGCUCCCGGCGCGGCCUCGCACGUUCCGGCGAAGGCGAUGACCUCAGCGAGCGUCCGCGUUUCGGCGACGACCUCGGCCACCUCCGCCGCGCGCACGACGCGGCGGAACACCUUCCGGCGCUGCAUACGCACAAAGGAAGGCCGAAGCGGCGGAGAGGUGGAAGAUGCCACCAAGGAGGAGAGCUACGCUGCAUGCCAGAAGCGGUGCCAGUGCCUGGAGGGCUGCGAAUUCUUCACUUUUUGGAAGCCGCCAUCGAUUGGGGUCGAGGCCGUGCUGCUUUGCCAUCGCAUCCGCCGGAAUGGCAACUGCCACGCGCAAUCCGAGAGCUCAACGCCAUUCCGAAAUAACGACGCGGUCUCCGGGCCGGCCUUUUGCGCUGCAAGGCCUGCGGCAGCGGCGGCAGCGGCUCCGGUGGAUCUGCCAAAGGUGAUGGCAGAGAAAGAUGGCCACGUGGGCCCGAAGCUCUACGUCUAUGAGCUGCCGGAGCGCUUUCGCAACUGGGGAGAGGACGCUCGCUGCUGGACGGCCGACUGUGUCUUCGGUGGGCCUCCAGUCAACGUGCAUGGCGUUGACAUUUGGGCUUCCAAUCAGUUUCACAUGCCGCGCAUGAUCUACUACCGGUUUCUGAGAUCCCCGCAGCUGACCAAGAACUUGGAGGAGGCGGAGGUGUUUCUGAUCCCCGCCUACAGCUUCCGCGCCACCGACGAGCUGCCCUGCGCAAAUAGCAGCGACCUCUUCUACACCCUCACGCGCCUCAACCCCCGCCUCAAGGAUCCCAAGUGGGUAGCGAAGAAAGGGCCUCGUCACCUCUUGAUGGAUGCUCGGGGCUGGGAGACCUGCAACUACAUGUGGGAGCUGCAGACGCCGUUUCGCCUGGCGCACCGCAUCAACAUCGAGCUCAACGGCCUGAUGGAGGAUGGGCCGGAGGGCUGGACGUACAACAAGCCCUUCAUCUGGUAUCAGUUCCCCUACCCGGCCGUCUUCCACGGGCCGACUUUGACCCCGGCGCAGCUCCGUGCGGCCCCGCGCGCUGAGCUGCCGGGGAAGCCGGAGCCGGAUCCGUUCCUCUGGUCCUUCAGCGGCACGGGGCGGGGGCAGGCGGGGCACCUGCGGCAGGUGCUCAUCCGGGAGUGCACCACGUGUAACAGGUGUGGGAAGGAGUUGCGGAUCGAAGAGGUCCGGGGCGAUCAGAAGGAGAAUUCGUCGAAGUGGGGCGACUACGCCCGGGUGGCCGCCAAGAAGCUCCAAUCGACCUUCUGUGUGGAGCCUGCGGGGGACUCCAUCACUCGCAAGAGUCUGAUCGACUCCAUCGUGCUGGGUUGCAUCCCGGUGAUUUUUGCCCACCAGGAGCUCGACAUGUUCGAGGCCUUCUUCGAUGCCUCGGACUUCGCGGAGGCCGUGCUCUUCGUGCCCGAGGCGAAGCUUUUGGGGGCGAAGGGGCCGAUCUCCAUCUUCGGCAGCGGGACCUUCGUGAGGACCUCCAAGCUGCCCCAGAGGUUAAAGCAGCUCUACCCCGAGUACAAGGCAUUCUUUGACGCGCUGCGGCCGCCAUCGCCAGUGGAGGUUCGGGAGAAGCUGCUCCAGGAGCUCUUCCCCGAGCCCCAGAGCCUGGUGAGCAUCUUGGACGCCGUGCCGACGGAGGAGGUGCUGCGCAAGAAAAAAGGCCUGGCGAAGAUCGCCCCGCGCCUGGUAAUCGGCCUCGACGACUCCUUCGAGGACGCCGUGCGGCUGCUGCUGCGGCGCAUCGUGGCGGACGACCAGCUGGCGGCAAAGCGCUCCAGGGAGUCCACCCUCGCGUAAAACCGGGGCGACCUACGACCCGCCAGGCUGUGGCCAAUGUGUCUUCGCCGUGUCCCAGCGCACGAGUGCUGGCCUCCGAAUAUGCAAAGAUGGCCGGGGCGCAAGAGCUGCAAUUGCCCACCUCAAGGCGCUCCCCCCUGAGUGUUUGAUUGAGAGGCGCGCGAGGAGA